UAUCCUUCUGCUGCAGGUUACUUCGUACCAUUCAGCGAGAACCUGGCCGCCAACGCCUCCAUCCUCACCCUACUCGCCAUCGCCGUAGAACGUUAUUACGUCAUCUGCACCCCUUUCGAGGCCCACUACAUCUGCACUCCUCGGCGGACCUUGGUGAUUUGUUUCGUUGUAUGGAUCUUCUCUGCUUUGGUGAACAUUCCUUUGUUGAUGACUAUUAUCUAUGUACCUGAUUGUGUGCAUGAAGGUGAACUCCAAUACUUCUGCGCUCCUUUGAUUGAUGAACGUUGGGAAAGGAUAUACGAGACAGUUACCACCGUUCUAUUCUUUAUCCUUCCCUUGUUUUUCCUCUCCUGCAUCUAUUACAUCAUUGCCAACAGUCUCCGGGAACAUAAUUAUAUGAUGGCGAACAUUCGAAACAAUCAGUCAGAGAGCGGGAGUGUUCGAACGACAGGAAGAGAUGGGUCGAUGAAAUUAGAGCAAAGCGAUGCACCGGCGAAGAAACGCGAAACUAUCAACAUGAUCAAAGGCAGGAACUGUUUCCGAGGGCUCUGUCAAAUGCUAAGCCGCAAUUGUUUAUCUCGCCAGGUUCAACGGACGACAAAGGGUGGUGGUGAUCAGGAGCGCCAUGAAGACAACCCUCAGGAAAGGCUAACAGACCUGCAUAUCAUCGCCGAACAGGAAAAUCCUUCUCGAGAAGAUGAGGUUAUGAUAUCUGCGCUUCGCAGUCGGGAUGCCGAUAGCGGGAGCCGAAGCGCAAAGUCGCCACCUCUUAAACGCCAAGACACGCCAAGCACCUGGAAGCAGAAAUCGCUGAAAGACAAACCGGCCCAUACCAUCUAUGGAAACAAGAUCCAGCGUCAUCACACAUCAACGUCAAUGACCUCCCGCUCAAGCAGAAACUCCGAUCCGAGAAGCUCCACGAAAAGGUCGUCGAUGACGUCCGCAAGUACUGCAAGUGCGGUCACCCGCCGAAGUCAUCAGCGUGUGAUCUUGAUGCUCGCUAACGUAGUAAUGGUAUUUUUUGUCUGCUGGAUGCCAUACCGUGUACUCAACCUCUGGGGUAUCUAUAGCACCGAAGAAGAGCAUAACCGUCUGACCUCACAGCAGAUUCUCGCACUCGUUACUGUCUGCCGAGUUCUUGUCUACAUGAACUCGGCUAUCAACCCCAUCCUCUACAACAUCAUAUCGACCAAAUUUCGUGCUGCCUUCAAGUCUGUUCUCCCCUGCGCAUCGCUUCGUGGAAGAAGACGCUCCAUGUCUAGUCGGUCCUUGUCAAGUACAUCGAGUUUCCGCUUCACCAAAAAGUCUGUUGAUCAUGCAUGCUGAAGAAAUACAUUGUGAAGCUAAAUCCACAGGCUCAUACUUCUGGCUGAAGAUGGUAUGUUGUGAACUUUUUGUCCACGCACGUGUACUGUUUAGAAGUUUGUCUCCGCCGCGUCUUGUGAAAGUAUACUGUGCCAUAAAUGCAAAAACAUGCAUCAGGGAACAGUGCAAUCACCUUUUUUUAAUGAGGAUAAAAUAGUACCCUAAUUUUCUCCCGAAACAUAUAUCAUAGAAUGAGGUAUAGGUAGAUCUUCUUGGAAGUUUGUUUUAUGAAGAUGUGUCUCGAGCUGUGUUUAAUUGUUGUUCCAACUACAGGAAAGAAAAGUGAUUCCUAUUUAGUCCGAUCUGCUCUGAAUUGUCUUAUUGCCUUACCUCUUACAGCCCUGUGGAGACUCGUUUACCCUGGUAACGAAUAUCGUUAUCAUGGUCAAAAGUAGGUAGUAAAGAUCGAAAUAAAACAACAAUAGCUCUAUGGAUACUUAUAUAAAUAUAUAUAUAUAUAUACAUGCCAGUGAUCUGAAGUCUAGUGAAGUUAUUAUUAAACAACAAACCUCUGGUAUAUUUGAUUAUCAAUUGUUCAGACUACAAUCCUAAUCUGUUCAUGGAAUG